CUUUCUGUUAGCACGUUUGCCUUUGCGAAGUGAGAGAUUAAAAGGUUACCUUUAGGUUAGAUAAUUAGUGCCACGGGUUCAAAUAAUUGCACUAUGUCAGAAGUUGAAGGCGUUAUUGAGAAGAUACAACGUCCAGCAGAUUUGUCAAUCGACGAGGAUGAGGAUGACGAGGACAUUGAUGAGACACUGAGUGAAAGGCUAUGGGGCCUGACAGAGAUGUUCCCAGAGCCAGUGCGGAAUGUAUGUGGAGCCAUCAGCAGCUUCACAUUAUCCGGAGUCAAAAUUGGCUUCAGUUUCAGUCGCUGUGCGCUCUGGAUUGCAUCUUCAUCAGCAGCUAUUAUGGUGCUUCCAAUAGUGUUUGAAUCUGAGCGGGCACAGCAACAUGAACAACAACUACAGCAACAGCGACAGAUCUUGCUUGGUCCAAAUGCUGCAGUGUCUGGCGGCCAGAACAUGAUGCCAGGGAUGGCUGGGAUGAUGAUGCCAGGACAGAAGCAGUAACUGCAGUAGUGUGUAUGCAUGUAUGUGCAGGUCAUCACAAACAUGGGGAGGAGAAAGGAAGAGCAUUGUGAUAAUGUGUAGUUUACCCGGAGAACUGUUUAGUGUACAGUGGAACUGUUUUAAUCUGGACUGUAGUUUGAAAAGAAGGAGACCGUCUGUACACAUGGUACAACUACAAGGCUGAAAAUAUGGAAGCAAUCAGUUUCGGAGUUAGUAGCUCUGUUACUAUUGGUUAGUGGUGGGACAUGAGGAUUCUGGUCAAGUUGUAUAAACUUGCAAUAGUGUUUGUGUGUGUGUUUGUGUUCAUGUUUAUGCAAAAGGGUUCCAAAGUAAUUCUGCAUGGUUCUGAUGUGGACACUUACUGGUUCCCGUCUAAUGGGGUUUUAUUGUACUUCCCUCACAAUGUUUUUACCCAUGAAGUCUGUUACAUGCUCAUUGAUAUGCAUCAUAUCAGUUAAAGAUUCCUCAAGAGCAUCAUCUCAUUAGCAUCACGUAUGCUGGCACCAUGAGACAGUUUUAGUUGGGCAGUUCCUGAGUUGUUUCAGGGUGGCCAGGAGAGCAGUCAUCGUGCCACUGGGUUACCUCCCCUGGAGAUAUUGUUAAUGUGAUUGUUGACAUUUCAUCAUUGUUGAGGUAUGGAUGUGUUUGUAUGAUUUAGUGUAAUAAAUAAUAUAUAACUCA